GUUAAGACACACGUGGCCGUUCGCCAUCGGUAAUUCAGUCCCUGUGCAGCCGCCGUAGAGGCUGUUGGCCGUGCUGGGAGGCUGCCGCCAUGGAUUACAGAGCUGAGGUGAUGAGGGAGGCCGUGCCUGGGCAGUUCGAUGAUGCGGAGAGCUCCGACAGUGACCUUACAGAAGAUGCAGAAACAAUUCAGGAAGAUGAGUUUGCUGGGAGUUGCCAGUCAAACUUGUGCAAAGGAAUCAACACGAAGGAAGGGGAUAGUGAUGAUGGCAAUGAUGAAGAGGAAGAAGAUGAUGACUGGGACUGGGACGAUGAGGUGGGAAGACUCAUGAAGUGCCACAGCAAUGCUGCUGGAUGCAAUCCACAGGCAAAUAGACAGACCUCUAGUUGCUAUUCAGCAAAAAUGUCUACCCCUACAGACAAGGCUUUGAGGAAAUUUGAACAUAAAAUUAAUUUAGAUAAGCUGAAUUUUGAUGACUCUGUUAUAAACCGAGUCACAGAAAAGUCUAGACAGAAGGAAGCAGACAUGUGCCGAGUCAAAGAUAAGUCAGACAGAGCAACAGUAGAGCAAGUGUUGGACCCAAGGACCCGAAUGAUUCUGUUCAAGAUGCUGAGUAGAGGUGUCAUAUCAGAAAUCAAUGGCUGCAUCAGCACAGGGAAAGAGGCUAAUGUGUACCAUGCCAGUACUGCAAAUGGGGAGAACAGAGCAAUAAAGAUUUACAAAACCUCUAUUUUGAUGUUCAAGGAUCGGGAUAAGUAUGUGAGUGGUGAGUUCAGAUUUCGUCAUGGAUAUUGUAAAGGCAACCCAAGAAAAAUGGUGAAGACAUGGGCUGAAAAAGAAAUGAGGAAUUUAAUAAGGUUGAAUACAGCACAGAUACCUUGCCCGGAGCCAAUUAUGCUAAGAAGUCAUGUGCUUCUCAUGGGCUUUAUUGGUAAAGGUGACAGGCCUGCUCCUCUGCUGAAGAAUGCUCAGUUGUCUGACUCAAAAGUCCGGGAGCUGUACCUGCAAAUCAUCCAGUACAUGAGAAGAAUGUACCAAGAUGCCAGACUUGUUCAUGCAGAUCUCAGUGAAUUCAAUAUGCUGUACCACAGUGGGGAUGUGUACAUCAUUGAUGUGUCUCAAGCAGUGGAGCAUGACCACCCGCAUGCAUUGGAGUUUCUGCGAAAGGAUUGUGCCAAUGUUAAUGGCUUUUUCCAGAAGCACAAUGUUGCGGUGAUGACUGUGAGGGAACUGUUUGAGUUUAUUACUGAUCCUUCUAUCACAAGUGAGAACAUUGAUGACUAUCUAUCAAAGGCAAUGGAAAUAGCAUCAAAAAGAACAGAGGAGGAGAGAUCCAGUCAAGAUAAAGUGGAUGAGGAAGUGUUUAAGAAGGCUUACAUACCUCGAACUUUGACUGAAGUUAAAAACUAUGAGAGAGAUGUAGAUAUAAUGAUGAAAUUGAAAGAAGAGGAUUUGGCAUUGUGUGUUCAGCAAGAUAAUAUUCUCUACCAGACCGUGACAGGAUUGAAGAAGGAUUUGUCUGGUGUUCAGAAGAUUCCUGCACUUCUAGAAAAGACGACAGAUGAGUCAGAAACGGGCUCUGAUGAUGAUGAUGGUGGCAACUCAGAGGGCUCUGAUUCAAGCUGUAAAGAGUCUCGGCAUCCCAAAGAUCUUCCUGCUGCAGUUAUUAUGGACAAAAAGGAGAGGAAAAAGAUGGUUAAAGAAGCCCAAAGAGAAAAGAGAAAAAACAAAGUCCCAAAGCACGUGAAGAAGCGGAGAGAGAAGACUGCAAAAAUGAAGAAGGGCAAAUAAGAUCAACGUUGGCUUGGGAGAUGGACUCAUUUGUUUCUCACUAACGAGUCACCUUUUGUAAUUAAAAGUUCUUUAUUUACAUACAUACACAGUACUAAAGUACUAACUGUGAGGGUGGUCUCAGGGACAAUGUUGUGUGGUUAUCUGAACAGAAUGUAUGCUAUGGUUUUAGCAGCAGGAAAGAACAAAUUUAACACAUUUGUGCUUUUAAAAAUCCUUUUCACAUGCAGAUUCA